AUGAACGCUGGUGCACCCUUACCUGCGAAGGUGUAUCCUAACGCUACUCGGCCUAACCUGAGCAUUACUCUGGCCACGAGUCUUUCAUCCUCACAACGACACGCGCAAGUGAAAAACGGGGAUCCGUGUUCUGGUCUUCGUCCUUCUGCACACCCGGGUGAAUCCGGUUCGAUUGAUUCCCCACCUUCAUUUGGAUGGCCAAACUCUGUUCGUAUCACCAAUGAUGUUUGUGGCCAGUUCGGCCAGGUGAACCAAAUACCUGAGGUUGAGGUUGCUAAAUCACAACAACCGGCUUUGUUCGCUGCCCUGCCAUGCUCAGAACACUUGCUCACGACAAAUCCGGGUCAUAUUCAGUAA